GGUGUUACUUCCGCCUUGACAUGGCAGAGAAAGACGACUUCCCAAUAUUCAUCAGUCCUGGCGAAGAGGAUGCCGCAGAGUGGGUCAAAAAGGUCGACAAGCAUUUCGAAGAAGAAGCAAUCCCGGACGAGGAGCACCUUCAGUUUGCACUUGAUAACCUUUCUGAAAAAGUAAAUGCUUGUAUCAUGAGGUCGGAAUUGACCCGGAUUCUCGAAAGCAUAAGCAAGACCUGGGUAUGGACUUGGCCAAAGUUGCGUGUCGCAUUAACGGAAAUCGACACACAAGUCAAACAGACAGGACUCUCCAAAGCAAACAUAGCUGCAAAAGUUGUGACCGUCGCUGUAGUCACUGGAGUUUCGUGUGUUGCCGGCCCAGCAAUACUAACGGCAGGUCUUGGCGCAAUUGGCUUUUCGGCCGCUGGCCCUGUUGCAGGAUCGAUUGCUGCUGGAAUACAAUCUUCGGUAUAUGGUGGUGCUGUCGGAGCAGGAUCAUUAUUUGCGUUCUGUCAAUCACUGACAAUGGGAGGUGGAGCAGCAAUGGCACUUGCUACAGGGAUCUCUGGCGCGAGCGGUGCUGCAGCCGGGAUAAUAAGUGAGAUUGCCAAACGACCAUCUUCAAAGUCAUGGGACGAUGCCAAGGACUUUAAGCCUUCUGUGACAGUCAUAAAGGCACUGUUGCGCUUCGAUGACCAGAAGUAAAGAGAAUGGCACCUACUUUGUGCUUGUACUCAGUCCGG